GGCUGAACAGCAGCAUCACCAGUUGCGUUUUCUCUUUCCGCGGGCAGAAGCCUCACAUAGUACUUUUGGAUACACCUUUAAGCAUUUACAGAUCUGUUAAUUUGUGUAACUGUGUAGCACGCGCAUGCAUUUGGAAAAUUGCAUGCACACUUAAUCUGCGUUAUUGCAAACACGCUGUGGAUUAUUAUGCGCGAGAACAGAGAUGCAUGCUUGUAAACCUUUGCAGCUGAUGCAUUUUUCCUAGGUUUUCAUUUUUGCGCGAAAACGUAUAACAUUCGGAUUCUAUUAUAAGUUUGGAUGUGAACGCAAAAGGAGGGGGAAUACCAUGGCGAGCGAUUUGAAGCCUCGGCUGUGUGUAAUGAAGAAAGGGGAGAAUGGAUAUGGGUUUCAUCUGCACGGAGAGAAAGGCAAGAGCGGCCAGUGCAUUCGGAAAGUGGAGCGCGCGUCCCCGGCCGAAGCGUCUGGACUGCGCGCGGGUGACCGUGUGGUGGAGGUGAACGGCGAGAACGUGGAGAGAGAGACGCACCAUCAGGUUGUGCAACGAAUCAAAGCUGUGGAACAUGAGACCAGACUGCUGGUGGUUGACCGGGAAACAGACGAAUACUUCCACAGCCUGCGUCUCACCUGUACAGAGGAAAUGGCCAUCAGAGUGACCCAUUCACCCUCCAGCAUUAAACAGGGCAACGGAUCCGUGUCCAAGCGAACCGAAAUAUCCAAGCCCAUCAGGAAACCACGAGCUCUGAGGAAGGAAGUUCCUCCCCCAUCAGAGGCAUCAAUGAGGGAUCCAUCUGAGCUUCUACCGAGACUAUGUCACCUCGUCCGGUCUGAGGCAGGUUACGGCUUUAACCUGCACAGCGAGAAGUCCAGACCGGGUCAGUACAUAUGGACUCUGGACCCUGGCUCACCCGCUGACCACGCUGGACUCAAACCUCAGGACAGACUCAUAGAGGUGAAUGGAGUGAACAUUGAAAGUAUGAGGCAUGCUGAAGUGGUGGCCUUCAUCAAGAAAGGCGGGAACGAGACGUGUUUGUUGGUGGUGGAUCAAGAUACAGAUGAGCGUUUCAGAAAGAUGGGCAUCACGCCCACCAGAAUCCAUGUCAAAGAUUUUGAUGAGUCCACAUUGAAUGGCUCCUCGAGCCCGUAUGUGAACGGGACGUCCUCUCGGUCCACAUACUCAGACGACAGCAGUCAGGACAUAAACACACAGACGUCGAGGGACAGCAGCUGUCAUCUCCUUGACCCGUUUGAGGAAACAGGUCUGUGUUUGAGCCCCACGGCCGCCGAGGCGAAGGAAAAAGUCCAUGCCAAGCGUGAUAAAAAGAGGGCGCCCCAGAUGGACUGGAUCAAAAAACAUGAGAUUUUCAGCAAUUUCUGAAUCUGACAAAAAAAACAAAAAAAAAACACAAGUACACACACACACACACAUUGGCACACACAUGCCGUGACCCCCUACGUGUGUUGCAUUGAAAACCCUGGACACAUGCUUUUGACAAAAAAAGAGGCACCUAUUUUUGUAGAAAGAUCAAAACUUAAAACCAUAAAAAGUCUCAAAGUCGCCCGGAGCAGGCCCGGAGCAGGCCCGGAGCGGAACAUUUGAGCUACACACUUAUAAAUGACUUUAGAUGCUGUCUGACAGCUGCUGGAGUGAAAUGCACGAGUCAGACUGUUCGUACACGGUGACUCCUUUGCUGUUUCAUACUUUUGCAUUAUUUUCUUUCCACGUGAAUGGCCACUUAAAUCUCAUCUGUUGACAAUGUUAUAAAAAAUGGAAUACCAAAAGCCAAGGAAUACCGUAUGAUAUGGAACAGGAAAGCACAGAUAAAGAACUCGAUGGAACAAAAUCAUGUUAUCCCGCUCAGAAGGACCACAUUAAUGAAGCUCAUUAUAUGCAGUGCAUAUUUAAUGUGAAUAAUCCAUUGCUUAUGAAGGAACACCAGAUAUGAUCUUUGCCAAAGACACCCCUAUAAUCAAGCAAUCGGCCUGAUUGUUGUGUUUAUAGAAUAUUGCAUAAGAAGCUUUGAAGGGACGUACCACUGUUAGAUAUAAAAGGCAAUGUUUCUCACAAAUACUGAGAAAAGGAGAAGAAGAGAGACCAGCAUGCAUGUGAAUUGCACAGUAUUUCUUCAACACUAGAGGGCGACGGUACUGCACUCUUAGUUUCGUUUUGGAGGAACACAGCAGAACAUGUACGACCAACAAAGGCAGCAAAUCCACCAUUGUAACCGUGUUAUGACUGCGAUAUGGAGCUUAUGAGAUGAACAAGAGCAAAGUUGCAAGAUACGCAAAAGCCAUUUCUGUGUUAAAGGAAUGUACAAGGAUCAAUACAAGUUAAGCUCAACCGACAACAUUUUGGGCAUAAUGAUGAUUACCACAAAAUAAUAAUUAUAACAUUAAUCAUUUAUUUAUAAAAAAGCUAAAGUUGCGGUCACAGUGAGGCACUUACAAUGAGAGUGAAUGGAGCCAGUCUAUAAACAUUAAAUUACACACUGUGGCAAAUGUAUAAUGUAUAGCCACGGGUUGUGUAUAGUAAACAGGUUUACAUGAUUUUAGUGUGAUAAAAUUGCUCUCAAAACUUCUCUGUUGGGUUAAAUGAAAUAUUGAAACUUAGUGGUCAUGAGGAUGUAACACUGUUAAAAGUCAGUCGUUUUACAGUUACUCACCCUCAUGCCAUCCCAGAUGUGUGACUUUCUUUAUUCUGCUGAACACAAAUUAAGAUUUUUAGAAGAAUAUCUCAGCUCUGUAGGUCCAUACAAUGUACGUGAAUGGUGACCAAAGCUUUGAAGCUCCAAAAAGCAAAUUAAGGUAGCGUAAAAGUAAUCCAUGUGACUCCAGUGGGUUAAUGAAGCCUUUUUUUACUAUGCAUUCUCCUCCCUGCCCAGUAGAGGGCAAUAUAAGAUGCCAAAAACACUAGAAGAAUUUGAAAGUGAAAGUGGAGAUUUAUAGUAAAAAAAGGCCUUAAAUAUUGACGUUUUUCUCACCCACACCUUUCAUAUCACUUCUGAAGACAUGGAUUAAACCACCGGAGUCGUAUGGGUUGCUUUUAUGCUGCCUUUAUGUGCUUUUUGGAGCUUCAAAGUUCUGGACACCAUUCACUUGUUUUGUGAGGACCUGCAGCACUGAAAUAUUCUUCUAAAAAUCGUUCUUUGUGUUCUGUAGAAGAAAGAAAGUCAUACACAUCUGGGAUGGCAUGAAGGUGAGUAAAUGAUGAGAGAAAUAAUUUAUGGGUGAACUGUCCCUUUAACUUGUAUUGAUACUUAACCUUGGAUACAGACAGAUAGAUCGCACAGAAUAGAUUUCUAUCAUGAAAGUCGAGUUGUUUCAGGAGAAGCGAAACUCGUAAAACAAUAAAGUUUAACGUAUGCCUUAUCUGCACAUUUUCACAAACGGACAGAUGAUAGAAACAGAAUUGAUGCUGUAAAGAUUGUUCAUAAAGACAGCUGGAUUUACACAUUUCUGUGACUCUCAAACUAAAGCACUCACUCCUCUCAGAGGCUAAAUGCGAUCAGAAAAUCCGGCCCCAAAACUUGUUGAAUUUUGUUGUAGACCACUAUGCAGACAAUCAUGAAAGCUUUUUAGAAAGUGCUAUAUGCUUUUACGGCAUACAUAUUGUGAUAUAUAACAUCAGCAUUACCAUUAUCCCUCUUAAUAAUUCAUGAUACAUUCCAUGUUUGAAAUUUAGUAUUAAUGUAGUUUUUUUGUUUUCUCUUGCUUGCUGACAUUGAGCACUAAUGAGAAGUCCUUUCCUAAUAUUCAUAUUAAGGUAUUAUUAUUAUUAUUAUUCAAUAA